CUUCCCCUGUCCCCCAGUUUCCUUCCUCCACCUCAUCGUCCUCCAUCGCACGUGUUGGCUCAUCAGGUGUCCAGUGGCAGGGAUAUUUGCGCUGCCGCCGGGAAUUUCUGUGCAUUGCCAGCGGUUUUGACAGAAGGCUUCGGUGACCUCCUGAUACGUACCGGGAUGCUUCCGACCGGCCGUGGCCGGCUGCUGGCUGGCGCGCAUGGGCCGCCGCCGCUGCAGGAGAGCGACCCCGAGCGCCACCUCCGGGCGGCACCGCCCGCGCGCCGCGCGCUCCCCGCGGGGCCUGGCCUCGUCGGGGGACGCGCGGCGCCGGGGCGCCUCGGGAGCGGCGAGCCGUGGUGGGCGCGCGACGCCACGCCAACGCCGCCCGCGUGCUGCGCGCCCACCGAGGGCGGCGGAUUCGCCAGCGGGCGCACGACCCCGGCAGGCGCGGCGCUCGCCGACCAGGAUCGGGGCUCAAAAGCUGUGCGAGAGCGUCAGGCGUGGCCUGCAGCACCUGCACUGCGGGCAGCGGCAGGAGGCGGAGCCGGGCCGCGGGGGGCUCGGCGGGAGGGCCGCCGGCUCGAGCUUGAGGCAGGCGAUCUCCGCGGUGGGGCCGCCGGUGGAGCCGCUGCGCGCCCUGUCUCCGGGGCGCUUGGCGCCACCGGAAGGGGCCCAGCCGCGGCAGGCCUCGCUGGGAGCUCCGCGGUGCCUGGGCGAGCCGACGCGGGUGGCCUGCGAGG